AUGCAAGAUGGAAGUGCAGUGCAGCAAAGCCACUUGGCUUGGGGCUUAGAGUCAACUACACAGAAGGAAGGUGUCCUCUGGCUGUCUAUCGUAGCUGAAGUGCUGUAUAUCAUAUUAUUGGUAACUGGAGCUAGUCUUAUGUCAAUAGAGAUAUGCCACUACACUACCGUCAUUGAUGGACUAAAGCUGAAUGCAUUUGCGGCAAUAUUCACUGUGCUCUCAGGUCUCUUAGGUAUGGUGGCACAUAUGAUGUAUACCACCGUGUUUCAGAUGACUGUAAAUCUGGGUCCUGAAGACUGGAGACCACAGACUUGGGAUUAUGGUUGGUCCUAUUGUCUUGCUUGGGGAUCAUUUACAUGCUGCAUGAUUGCAUCAGUGACUACAAUAAACAGAUACACAAAAACCAUCUUGGAAUUUAAGCACAAGCGAAAAACUCUGGAGAGAAACCUGAAAGCCAAACCAACAUUGUUGAGUCAGGAGUUGGCAGAACCAAUGUGGGAUAUGUAUAUAAGUUCAGUUGCAAGUACCACGGAAGAGUUAAAAGAUCUACCCAAUAGUGGACGAAAGACAUCCAGCACCUCAGUGUUUGUGGAUUUAAAUGAUAUUCCAGAGACUCAAAGAGAAGAGUACUGCUAAAAUUCUGAGUUGUAGCCUAUUUGUAAUACUGUAUUUGUUAAUUAUUUUAUUAUCUAAUCCUACUCUUCAAUAGAUAAUUUGUCUUUACAGAGUUAACGUAUUAGGUGCAAUAAAUACAGAUUUUUUGCAAAGAUAAAAUACAAAACAGCAAUCGUAAUUGUUCUAGAAAUGAAGUAUAAAUAAUUUAAUAUACAGUUACAUUUUUUAUGGUUUAUAAGAAUGCUAGAAUAUUGGUCAGAUCACUGAAUUAUUGUAAUAUGGCUUUGACUUUGAAGCAACAUGAAAGGUCGUACAGACUAACGUGUGUGCUGUGAAAAGUUUACUUACAAGCUUCUGUGCCUCAAACAGUAUUUGCCUUUCACCAAAGUCAUAGCAACUUAAAGACAUUACAUUUUUUAGAAAAACAUUUUUAGUACACAUUGCUGCUUAGUUGCAAUAUUUUCAGAUUAAUUUCUUCCAGAACAGAAUAAUGAAACCACUGAGAUUUUAUUUUAUUGAGGUUCUCAGUAUCGUGUAGUGUUCAUGUGGUUUAUACCUUAGCAGAUGUGUGAAUGCUGUGUAUCUAAAUGGUUCCAGAUUAUAAAUGCCAUUGCAAAUGUCUCAUACUUGAACCUCAGUUUUAUAAAUUUAAAUUCCUUCAUAAAUUGUAAUGCCAGCAAGUGAUGUCAUUGUUCUAUUUAAAUCCUCUACGUUAUGUACAACCACACUAUCCUGGUACAUUACAGGUGACUUCACAGCACAAAUUAAACCAUUGACUUCCA